AUGGAGAGUUGUAAAAUACAUUUAAAUAGACCUAUGGAGUUCAUUUGUUCAACUUGCAAUAUAAUUGUUUGUGUCAAGUGUACUACAUCUACACAUCGUGGUCAUUUGAUUGAUGACGUAGAGUCAAUCACUCAGAAUUUAGACUAUAGAGAUAGAUUGGAGGAGAUAUGGAAACAGUUGCAACGUUGUGCUCAGAUGGUCGACUCUUUCACUCAGACUGAACGAUCAAUCUCUCAACACUUUCGAGAGUUGUUUGACUAUCUCAUGGCAGAGGAGCUAAAGAUCAAGAAGCCAAUCAGAUGUGAACGAGAAAAGACUGAGAGGUUGAUGGACAAUCUCUACGAGGAACUCAAAUCACUCAGCAAGAUUAUCGAUUGGAAUACAAACAAGGUCGUACCCAACGCCAAUGGAAAUGUGCAGCACAACUGUUCUAAUGACAAUGAUGAUCAUGAAGGUGAUGUCCAUCAUCACAGACAUAGACAUCAUGAGUAUGACGCCACCGACUACGACGACGACGACGACACUGGAUCACUGUGCCAAUUGAUCAAGGACUCUACAUCAAUCACAGAGUUUGUUGAAAAGAACAUAACAAACAACUGCUACAUUGAGGAUGAGAGACAAUCUUCAGAGCUGCUCAAGAAGAUUCAAACAUACAAGAAGUGGGACUACACCGAGAGUAUCACCACCAAGCAAGGUGGCUGUGGCAUCUCAACAUGUUACGAUGGUCAUCAGUACAUCUUCUUGGUUGGUGGUGCGCUAAAGACAGGCCGCGUUACUAGGAUAGAUCUGUUUGACACCAAAUCACUCGAGUUCACGAGGAUUGGUGACAUGGACUCGCCACGCUCCGACUCCCUAUCGUUCUACCUGGACGGCGUCAUCUACAUUGUGGGCGGCUGCGACAAUGCCGGCAAGGAGAUCAAGUCUAUCCUGGCAUUCGAUGUGCAGGCCAGUGAGUGUACGACAUUCGUCGAGAACAUUGGCUUCAAGGAGAGGAUCAUUGCCAGCUGUUUCGAUGGCGACGACCUCGUCUACAUACUCGACAAGGAGAAGAACUUCUGUUCAGUGUCCAUCAAGACAAAAUCUCGCGAGACACUCAACCCACCAUUGGAGAUACACAACAGCUCGAACAAGUACUCAAUGAUCUACUGUCCAAAGAAGUACAAACAGUUGUCUGCAGAGAUACUGUUCAUUGGUGGCAGGACACAUCAGAACCACAUCUAUAACGUAGAGUCAAGACAAUGGAGAAAGAUUGCCGAUGAGGAUGCGAUAUAUCGAUCAUAUGAUGGUGCAAUUGGUUUCUACGACAACUCUUCCUCAUCCUCCUCGCCAAAUCUCAAUCCAUCGUCAUCCAAUGGCCAAACAUCUCCUCCAGCGACCAAGCGACUAUCAUCAAUUACGACAACAUCA